ACCGACAUCUGCGGUCUCUCCUUGUCCUCGAUGUGAGCAGACGGUGCGGAUCAGCACCAAGGGCGCAGUUUCCCGGAUGAGCGGCGGGUCUUUGCUCCGGUUGUUCCGGUCCGAGUACUUCGAUGCCCAUCUCCAUAUGCACUACCUACUGCGCAUGGAGCAGAGUGGCGUCCAGGACUACUUGGUCAAUGAGCUGUACAAGAUGACAGAUGAUGACGUGGACUACUACCUGCCGCAGUUGAGCCAGGUGGCCUUGCUUAGGUACAACAAGUCCUCGCUGCACCGCUUUUUGCUGGACAAGGCUGCCCAGUCACUGCCCUUUGCUCUGAAGAUCCACUGGUUGGUGCGGAGCAUCGUGGAGGACCGGACGCCCGAGCUCUACGAAAAUGCCAUGGCGAUGCUAAACCUGUGUGAGGCAGCCAUGGUGAACUCGGGCAGUUCUCGCGCCAAGCACGAGGAGGUGGCACCUGGCCCGCCGCACGUGCAGCGUAUCUUGAGGUCGAGCUCGGAUCCAGACCUGCAGUCCAACCGGAAGCCCUCGGUGGACGACUUGGAGGAGCGAGACGUCCUGACGCCCAAGCAGCGCUCCCGGUACCGCCGCAGCAGGACUCCCGGGCCCAUGCGCUCGCGCGAGGCAGAUGGCGCGCCAGAGGUCCCACCCACGCCAACGGACAGCGAGACGGACCACGGGCUGCGCUUCCACCCGCCUCCGCGGCAGAUCAGCGGGGAGAGCUCCGUGGAUGAGAACCUGGAAGCCACGCCCGGAGCGUCCGGCCUCCUCUCCGAGGCCGAGGCCUUACGUGCCGCGGCGGUGAGGCACCUGGCAGCCUUGGAGCAAGCCUUUACCCCAGAAGAGCGGGCUCAGGCCUUGGGCAGCAGCUGCCCCAAUGCCUUCAUCUGCUUGGGCCUUCCGGUCGCCGGCCAUGGGAAUGAGGAGGAGGUCCUUGAAGAUGAACGCGCCCGUGAGUGCAUGAUGAAGAAGAGGAGAUGCGACUACUUCAACACGCAGAACCAGCUCGUGUCCAUGAUCAUGUCCCUCUCUGGGGUGCUGAUCUCCUUUGCUGACAAGGCGGACCGCAAGACCGCCCUGGCGGCGACGCUCACCGUGCUGAACCGCUGGCUGUUGGACCGGCGGAUUAGCAUGGCCGCCUGCGGGGAAGGGCCAUUCUUCCUCCUUGGAGCGCACAUUCCGCCCGGACGCGGCCAACGGGGGCGCGGACUCGGCGCGGAAUCGGUGCGGACUGGGGUGCGAAAGCCAACGAACGGGACGGAGCGGGACGGAGCGGAACGGACGGGCCCAGUGUCAGCUGGUGGGAUUUUGUUGUGGACUGGCUUUAAGAACUACCAGACUACCAGAUGGAGUAUGAAUUAUACCAAGAAAUGCCAAGUCCAACAUGGACAUGGAGAGAGGGCCCUCUUUGCCAUACCGAAGUGUUCGUGGUUGAGAGUCAGUCUACUCUUCCCGCAUUUGGAUGCCUUGAAUCCCAUUGGUUGCGGAACAACCGAGACAACGCCAGGGUCCAAGCCAUCCCUGCCGAGGUUGUGGAGGGAUUUGGACAGCCUUCACCAGAUCCUACAUGUUCACGUGGACCUCUGUCGGAUCUUCAGCUCGGCCACGCGAGCGCCCUUCGUCCUGGCCUACGAGUCCGCCAACCUGGACGAGGUCGAGAGCGACGAGGCCGCAGGUCAUGUCUCGCAUCAAACGCUGCUGCACCAGCCUGCGCUGGCUGAAGCACAGCAGUCCAUGGCAGACAGGUUAUCCAGAUGUGUCUUGCAAGAGCUGCGUCUGGGCUGCGAAGGCAGUGCAGGCAUGGAUGAAGGUGAACCGACCGCCGCCCGCCUGCAUCAGCUUCUGAAGCAGGUGACGCCGGACCAGUGGAAGAGCUUGGAUGGUACAGUCGAGAAGUCUGCGAGCAAAGAUGAGCCAGACUUGCAGGAGCUUGACGGGAAGACGAUGAGGGCCGAAGCCCGGAAAAGGAAGGAGGAAGCUGCGCGCACCAGGCAUCGGAUAUGGGGCGAGUUGUGGCGGGAGAAGGUGGAACGUGUGCGUGCUGCGUCUCCCUACAGCCGCUACAGUAGCUGGAGAUUGAGUGCGGUGAUGGUGAAGGGCGGGGACGAUUUGCGACAGGAGCUCCUGGCCUCACAGAUCAUCGAGCAGUUCAGCGCCAUCUUCCAGGAAGCAGGCUUGCCUUUGUGGCUGAAAGCAACGAAGGUGCUGGUGACGAGCUCCACGAACGGCUUCUUGGAGUUCAUCCCGGACUCCAUCUCGGUGGACGCCAUGAAGAAGCUCUUCCCUGGGAAGACCUUGGCGGAGAUUUUCAAGGUCGCCUUCGCCGAUCGCAUGUUUGAAGCCAAGAAAAACUUCAUCGAGAGCUCAGCGGCCUAUUCUCUGGUGGUGUAUUUCCUGCAGGUGAAGGAUCGCCACAACGGGAAUUUGAUGUUGCUGACCUCUGGGCAUGUGGUGCACAUCGACUUUGGGUUCAUGCUCUCGAACUCCCCCGGCGGCAACAUGGCCUUCGAGAACUCUCCCUUCAAGUUGACUCAGGAGAUCCUGGAUGUCAUGGACGGCGAGUGCUCCGAGCAGUAUGAGUACUUCCGCACCUUGUUGAUCCGUGGCUUUCUCGAGGCCCGGAAGCACAUGGAGCGGAUUGUCCUCCAGGUGCGGAUGAUGCUGGUGGGUUCGAAGAUGCCAUGUUUCCGCGAAGGCGCCGACUUUGUGCUCUCCACCUUGCAAGACAGGUUCUUCUGCAACUUGACGGAGGAAGCCUGCAUUGAGAAGGUGGUGGAGCUGAUCGAUACCUCGGUGAACAACUGGCGCACCAUCCAGUACGACAACUACCAGCGUCUCGUGAAUGGCAUCCUCUGACCCACCUGACCGUGGGAGCCGCCUCAGAGUUGGGAAAAAGAUGGA